UGGAGAUAAGUGGAAGGCAUUUAGUAAGAUUUUGCCGGGAAAUGCAAACAACAACAACAAUUCGUCAAUAAAAACCCGCAAAACGGAUACAUUUCCAAGAAAUUGUAUAUCUUAAAUUCAUCAUCUGCCAUAAAGGAAAUAAUGUCUGCAUCAAAUUUAACUUCAGAACAGUUAAGGCGCAUAGAAGAAAACAAGAGAAAAGCGCUUGCCAAAUUAGCUCAGAAAAACAAGCAACCCCACAGUGGUCCUCCAGUUGACCAGCAACCAACCUCAGUAUCAAACAUUCCAGGACCUCAAAAUAGUGUGAAGUCAGUGAUAAAACCUCCGUCAAAGCCAAUUGCACAUGUCCCUUACAAUGUCAAGGCUGUUAUCAAUAUCUCUGAGACUUCAAAGUCAAAUGAACCGGUAAAUGUCGCAGACAGUUUUCAGGCUGUCACUUUUAAGUCUGAGACUUCAAAGUCAAGUGUAAAUGUCGCUGACAGUUUUAAGGCUGUCACAUUUAAUUCUGAGACUUCAAAAACAAGGGUAAUUGUUGCUAACAGUUUUAAGUCUGUCACGAAUGACUCCGAGACAUUGAAUAGAGUUUCGGUUUUAUGUCGGUAUAAAAAUGAAAAUCUAAGCAACAAAAACAUAAAUGGUGACACAAACAAUACACAUGUGCUUGCAGAUAACAACAGUCUCAGUUCAGCAGAGAGAAUUGAACAGAAUAGACUUAAGGCUCUAGCAAAAAGAGCAGAAAAGCAUAAGAGUCCAAUAAAACAAGCCAGCAAUGUGCUCACUAAUUCUACAAACAGUAUGGGACAGUGUAUCAUUAACACAAGAGACAAAGGCGGUCAAGUGACACACCCUCAAAACUCAUUCACAUCAUACAACAAAAUACCUUCAGCAGGGUCAAAUCUCCUAGAGACCAAUCAGGCUUCAGCAGGGUCACAUCUAGUGACCAAUCAGGCUUCAGCAGGGUCACAGCUCCUAGUGACCAAUCAGGCUUCAGCAGGGUCAAAUCUCAUAGUAACCAAUCAGGAGACAAAAACUUCUACAAAUGUAACAUCCUUUCAGAAAGGUGUCAAUGUGUUUUCUGCUUGGGAAAGAAGUGAUUCACAGUUGAGGACCACAGAGAAUGUGUUGCCUGCAGCAACAUGUAGUUCUGAUCAGACUUUGAAAAGACCCAGUUUUUUUGGGGCACCCUCAAAGGGGGAAUGCAUCCUGGUAUCUAGGGAUCGUUUCACAGUGAAAAUCGGAUAUUGUGCCCCAUUGAUUGAGCUCUUCAAAACCAUGAACACAAAGUUGUACGAUGCACCCGCAAAACAAUGGACCAUCAGUUUGUCAGAAUACAAUAAGUUUAUGACAUCGUGCAUGAGUCUGAAACCAGCAGUGACUGUGGAGCCAUUACCCAAAGCACUGCUGACUGCAUUUGCGGUUCAGAUCAAAGGAGGCAACCCAAGCAGGGAUAUUCCGAUAGCAGACCUUUCAAGUGUAGAACAGUCGCUGGUUUCCUCCCUUAUGUCAUUCCAGAGGAAAGGGGUUGAUUUUGGCGUGUCCAAGAAUGGGCGUGUGUUGAUAGCAGACGACAUGGGCCUGGGAAAGACAAUACAAGCAAUCUGCCUGGCUCGCUAUUACAAGGACGAGUGGCCCCUACUUGUGGUAGUUCCCUCGUCAGUCCGCUUUGACUGGUCACAGCAAUUCCAGCGCUGGGUUCCAUCUCUGGACCCCCAGUCAGUGAAUGUGGUGGUGGCGGGCAAGGACAGCUGUACCUCGGGUCUAAUCAACAUUCUCAGCUAUGACCUCAUGGCCAGACAGGCCGAGGCACUGAUGAAGAAGAGGUUUCAAGUCAUUAUAAUGGACGAAUGUCACCUACUGAAGAACUACAAGACAGCCAGGUGCAAGGCUGCCAUGCCCUUGUUGCAGACUGCCAGGCGGGUGAUCCUACUCAGUGGCACACCAGCUCUGUCCCGCCCCUCGGAACUGUACACCCAGAUCAACGCAGUGUGCCCGUACUUGUUCAAGUACCACGACUUUGGUGUGCGCUACUGUGAUGGGCGCCAGGAGAGAUGGGGCUGGGACUAUACGGGCUCAUCCAAUAUGGGAGAGCUGCAGAUACUCUUGGAGGAAAGGGUGAUGAUCAGGCGCCUCAAAAAGGACGUACUGACAGAGCUGCCAGACAAAAUCCGUAAGAUGAUCCUGCUUGACCCUGGGUCAAUCAAGGUCAGCAGGGAGUUGAGGUCAGCAUCAAAGGUCAUGACCUCUGCUAACCUAAAGAAAAAGGAUGAGCAAGGUGCUUUGUUGGAUUUUUUCCACAAGUCUGGCUUUGCAAAGAUGAAGGCUAUCAAGAACUAUGUAGAGGAGCUUCUGGAGGGGGAGAACAAGUUCCUAAUUUUUGGUCACCAUGGCGACAUACUGGACGGCAUUGAGGAAAUCGUGAAAGCAAAAAUUGGUACCCAAUAUAUCCGUAUCGAUGGCAAGACAAGCUCCGAGCAGCGAAACGUUUUCUGUCAGAAGUUCCAACUCCGUGACGACAUACGGGUUGCCAUCUUGUCCAUCACGGCCUGCAAUGCGGGUCUCAACUUGUCUGCUGCUAACCUGGUCGUAUUUGCAGAGCUCUUCUGGAACCCAGGGAUUCUGGUUCAGGCAGAGGAUCGCGCCCACCGUAUCGGCCAGCAGGACUCUGUGGUUGUGCAGUACCUUGUAGCCACGGGCACAUCGGAUGACCACAUCUGGCCUAUGAUACAGAAGAAGUUGGAUGUUCUGGGUCGGGCGGGGCUGACCAAGGACAACUUCUCCUCCGCAGAGACCACUCAACUCACGGACCAGCGUCAGAUGGAGAUCAGCCAGUUUCUUGACGAGUCAUUCCACAUUGACUCGAGCAGCAUGCUAGAAGAUUCAGACAACCGCAGCGUACAAACGUCUCCCAGCAAAUCUUUCAAGCAACAGAGUAUUCUAAAGUAUACGUCCCCUACGAAGGACCUGCCAGCAACUUCCACCAACAGUUCAGGUAGUUCUCCGCGGAAACGGAAUCCAGUUCAGACAACAUUGUUCAGCGCUUUUGGCAAAACAAACUUAGUCAAGGCAGCGUCUUCAAGCAAUAACAAAUCUGCAACAGUAGGGCUGAAUUCGGGUUCAGCUCAGAAUUGUAAAGGUCAAGUAUGCGACCUUGAUGGUGAGUUUGAUGACCUUGACGAGAUUUUGGAAGAGAAUGAGAAAAAAUGGGAGGAGCCAGUAAAUAAAAAACGAAAAUCAAGUGUCUAGGCAGAAAGAUGUGUUGAUACUGUUAGCCUGCGCGGACUGCCCGUCCUCAUCUGGGACGACACUUUAAUUACAUGUAAUAAAAAUGAAGAAUUGUGUGAGUGUGGAUGUUGAUACCAAGCCAGCAAGUAAUAAGAUCUGACUUGGUGCUGACAGGGUAUAUCAUGUGCUCACUUAAAUUAAAUUAAAGACCUUUCUUUAUAGAUUUAAGGUUGUGAUAGGUUGCCAGUAAAUAAACAACAGGGCCAAGAUGGCCCUAGUUCGCUCACCUGA